GUGGUGCAGUGCAGACGUAUCACUCGUGCGAAUCUCUAGUGCGUUUGUGAUCUUAAAGUUUCUUUGUGCAUGAAAGUUUUUUGUUUGGAUCAGAAGUUGCAGAUUAUCACACUGGAUUUCCAAUUUAAUGAUCAGGGUGCGAUGCGCGCGCCGAGUGGCGUGGUGCGGUGGUCGCAGAGCGGCGGGGCGCCCCUGACUGAUUACGCGACGGUGUCGCCGGCGCCCGCCGCGCCUCCGCCCCCGCUCCAGUACGUCUACGAUGAACGCAUCAACCAGCGCCUCGCCUUCUGGCAGGGUGAUAUCACAGCUCUGGAAGUGGACGCGGUGACGAAUACGACAGACGAGACGUUGUCGGAGUGCAACGCGGUCAGCGAGCGGAUAAUGCUAGCCGCUGGGCCAGAUCUCAAAGAGGAGAUCAUCACCAGAGGCCUCGAGUGCGGCACUGGCGAGGUGGUGGUGACGCCGGGGUACCAGUUGCGCAGCAGACACGUGCUGCACACAGUGUGCCCCAACUACCUGCCGCAGUACCACACCGCCGCUGAGACUGCACUACACAACUGCUACAAGAAUGUGUUGUCAGCAGCAUGUUCUCUGGGUGCGCGUUCUCUGGCACUGUGCGUGGUGAACACUCCGCGCAGGAACUUCCCCCCGGACCUCGCUGCACAUGUCGCCCUCAACACAAUCCGGCGCUGGCUGGAGACAUCAGCGGCGCCGGGCGUUGUGGUGCUGUGCGGGUGCGGGGUGGAGCUCUCCCCGCUGCGUGCGCUCGCGCCGCUCUACUUCCCGCGCAGUGCUCGCGAGGCACUCACCGCGGCCGCACGUCUGCCGCGACCUCCGCGAGACCUGCACGACCGCCGCAUACGUAUCAUACACAACCCCCACUCCAACUCUGAUACCGCUGAAGAUGACGCGUCGGCGUGCGACUCUGACGCGGCUGCGGAGGCUGCGGCGGCGUUCGCGCGCGCCUGCGCACCCGACACCCAGCGUCUGCUCGGCCCGCACUCCCCGCUCGCCUCGCACUCCCCGCACACGCAACGCCGCAUGCACGACCACGAUGAAUACGAGCGGCUGCUGAGGCGCGCGCGCAGCGAGGACCUGAGCGAGAUCUCGGGCAUUGGGUGCCUGUACCAGAGCGGUGUGGACCGGCUCGGCCGGCCGGUUGUCGUCUUCAUCGGCAAGUGGUUCCCCAUUGGCGAUAUUGAUCUUGAUAAGGCGAUGCUGUACCUGAUCAAGUUGCUGGAGCCUAUCGUUCGCGGUGACUACGUGAUCGCGUACUUCCACACCCUCGCCUCCUCCGCCAACCAUCCGCCUUUCUCCUGGCUCAAGGAGGUCUACACCGUACUGCCUUACAAAUACAAAAAGAAUUUGAAAGCUUUCUACAUUGUACAUCCUACGUUUUGGACUAAGAUGAUGACGUGGUGGUUCACGACGUUCAUGGCGCCGGCGAUCAAGGCGAAGGUGCACAGCCUGCCCGGGGUCGAGUAUCUGUACUCGGUGAUGGCGCGCGACCAGCUCGAGGUGCCCGCAUUCGUCACUGAGUACGACAUGACUAUAAACGGCCUCCAUUACUUCCAACCUGACACGAGCAGCACGUAGACUGCUGAAUACUGAAUGCUGAAUGCUAAAUGCUUCCUCAAAUGACCCACGUUACAUACAGACA